GGUGUUGCUUUGCUCUGCGCCCCGGCUCUUAAACAGCCCCACACCACAGCUCCACACUCCACAGUCCACGCCACAGCUCCAAGCCUCCAACACCACCCCUUCGGCGAUCACCGACGAGCGACGACCAUGGACGCCAAGAAGCCGAUCCCGGCUGCCGUCCAGCGGGCCAUGGACUGGGCGCUCGUCACUGCCUGCUUCCCGUUCGUCUCCUUGGCGUUCGCCUACGCGCUCGUCCGCUACGACGUCAGCUGCAGCGAGAACGCGGAGGUGGGUGCCCUCUGGUUCGGGAUGCUGUGCUGCGCCGUGCUCCAGGCUGCCGCCGCGGCGCUGGCGCUGCUGCUCCCGUGCGGCCGCCGCGCCCUCGCCCACCUCGCGCUCGCGGUCACCAUCGUCGGCCACUACAUGUACGCCGUCGUCUUCCGCCUCCUCCUCGCCGCCGGCGCAGGAUUCCUCUUCAGCAAGAUCUUCGGCCCCGCGAGCAUCGUCCUCUUCGCGGGCGGCGACCUCGUCUACUUCCUGGGGCUCCUUCAGGGAGGUGGACUGACUGACUGAUGAGCCGAUUAGUCCAUCUAGCUGCACCUGCAGAGGAUCAGCUCGUGAGGAGUUGAGGACUGGCUGAUGAUUAUGUGUGAAUCUAGUACGUACUAGUGUAGUUCAGUGUUAAUUGGACUGAUGAGUGAUGACUGAUGACUGAUGAGCAGGGCAGCUGAUUACUUCAGCUGUACUAGUAGUGUAGUGUUAAUUUGUGUAAAUCAGCAUGCGCAGAACUGGAUCUUGUACUCUACUAGUUAGAAUAUAUGGUUACCCUGGAUUAGGGUCGUCUUCGAUGUAACAUCCACCUUAAUUUUAUAUGCAGUAUGAUGAUCAGACAUCCAGACAUCAGGACGUUAAUUAUAUCCAGCA